GCCAGGACGCUGCUGCAGAGCCUGCUGGGGUGCGCGCACGUCCGAGCGCUCAGCGCCGGCGGCCGCGCCGCGGGCGCCGCCGCGGGCAGCCCGGCGUGGGCGGGCGGCCUCGAGUUCUCCUCCGAGCUGGAGGGCGCGCGGAGCGAGUGGGGCGGAGACGGUGCAGAUAUCGAUGAUGCAGGCAGCAGCGGGCGCAGGAGCGGGCUGCGACCGGCAUUCCGGGGCCCGGCGCACAGGGGGUCGCGCGGCGACUACCUGAGGAUGUGCGAGCAGGUGGACCGGGUGGCGUUCUUCCUGCACGCGCUGCGGCCGUUUCAUCACUGCGCCGUCGACGACGUGGGCGACAUCGCCCUGUGCGCGCUGCGCGAGCAGCUCGUCCACGUGGUCCGGGAGCUCGAGGGGUCGCUGGCGGAGCUGCGGCUGGCGCGCCAGCAGGUGGCGCGCGCCGCCAAGCGGGGGCUGCAGGACCAGGUCCUGGCCGCAAACGGCGCGUCGACGUCGAGCGAGGCUGCCCGGUGGGCCAAGGGCCUUCGGCACAUGCAGGACGCCACUCUGGACGGCAAGCACGCGGAAAUCGAAGGCCUCUGCGGCCAGGUGCGCGCCGCCGCCGCGCACGGCCGCGGGGCCGAGCUGCAGGGGGCGCGGGCCAGGGAGCUGCGCGAGGCCGCGGAGUGCUUGCAGGACGCGGACUUCCGGGCCCGGUGCAGCCAGCGGCCCCCCCUGCGGCUGGCGGGCGGCGGGCCGCGCGGGGCCCUCGCGGCGGAGCUGCCCACCCAGGGGGCGCACUGAGGGUCUUGCGCGGGAAGCGUGGCGCCAACCCGCGCAGAAAGGCUGAGCCGCUCUUCAAGGCUACACAUGGUUCGUCGCUCGUGGGAGGAGCGGGGUGCGACUCUGCUGCCGGCGUGAAGUCGCCUCGGCGUGGAGCCUCGGAAGUCGAGGUGCAGACAGGUGCCCUCGCCUCUGGCCGUCGCGCGGCUUCAAAAAGGCUACUCCUCUUGACCUGCUUGCGGUGUUGGGUGCGCGGGCAGUGCAGUUGACCUG